UGCUUCUGGUGAAUUCUUUCAGACUUGUGAGCACAAAAAUUGACCAACACGCAUAUACAUAACAGAUAUACAUAAAUUAUUCACACAGACACACUCACUACAAAAGCACACAGACACACUCACUGGACACACUUCCCAUCACAUAGUUCCUGCUAAGAUGCCGCGUGCCAAGGGCCACAGGCGGGCACUAGCCGCCAGGACGAAGUUGGCAGAGCGGCAGUCAUCGCCCCCCAUGCCUCCUGUGCCCGAGUUCGUCGCUCGGCGCGGCACUGGGUUCCGCCACCGCGUGCGGAGGUGGCCGACUUCGGACCUGACUGGCCGUCAGGUGAAGUUUGUCCCUCCAGCUUUCGCCCCGGAGAAGAAGACUGUCUUCGUCAUCGGCGACUCCCACCUGAGGGGCCUGGUGGAUGGGGACGUCGCCUUACCCAAGGUACCUCUCUCUUUUUCUUUUCUGUCUGUUCCAGGUGGAGGUGCAGCUGACUUGAGGAAAGAGGUGGGGCGCCUGGAGUUCCCGUGGACCCCGGAUGUCGUCUGCGUGCUGGCCCCGAGCAACGACCUGGACCGUGGCGAUGCGGCGGUGGAGUUCGGCGCGCUCCUGACCAGCGUCCGCAGCCGCUGGCCCAAGGUGUUUGUUCUGGACUUCCCCCCGCGUCUGAACAAACCCGUGGGCCUGCAGGAUCUGCUGCGUCAGGAGCACCACCGCGUCGCAGCACGCAUGGGUCUCCCAUUCGUGGCUGUGACCAGCAGCUUCCUGCUGGAUCGGUUGGAGCUGUGGUGUUAUGACGGCGUGCACCUCAGCGACACAGGUGGCUCGCCCAUCCUGGUGAAGCUGUUGUGCGACGCUGCGCUCACCCUCUUCACACCCGAUCCCCCUGCACCUCCUUCCCCUGGUCUGAAGGACUGCCUGGAUCCCCGGACGUGGCCCAGGGUUGGACAGGAGGGAGAGAUGGCCUGCAUCACUGCAUCUGCUGUUCUUUGGAGGAAGAUGGCAGAGCGGCAGUCAUGGACCCCCAUGCCUCCUGUCCCCGAGUUGGUCGCUAGUGGCUCGCCCAUCCUGGUGGAGCCUGCGCCUCCUUCCCCUUGGUGGACGCCGCCACCUGCCCUGGUGACUGGGCCAGAACCCCUGCCCCGUCGGCGCCCAGAUCCCCGGAGGUGGACCACGGUUGGACGGGAGGGAAAGGCUGGAACACAGCCGGUGCUACAGUCCCUUCCCAUCCCGUCCAACCCUGUGUGGUUCAGCAGUCCUAUGUUGGAUGCCAUGGAGGAGUUCGCUCCUUCCUCUGACUCCAACUGCACUGCUAUCCCACCACCUGGCCAGGCUUCUCCUGGGAGGUGUCGUCGGAGACCUGUGGCUGUCAGGCGCACCGGACGGAGGGAGUUCGCUCCUUCCUCCGACUGCACUGCUGUCCCACCACCUGGCCAGGCUUCUCCUGAUAUGCGUCGUCGGAGACCUGUGGCCGUCAGGCGCGCCGGACGGAGGGAGCAGGUUGGUGUCACCGUUUCUCCCUUACAUUUUCAGGUGCCUGCGGUCUGUGGGGAGCCAACGGUCAUCAGGGAGGAGCCUGCUGUCCAGGAGGAAUCCCAGGUGCCGCUGCAGGUCUCCACAGAUAAGGUUGCUUCUUUUCCUUUACCUAGUGAUAGUGGUACUGUUAGUGUUGCUGAACCUCAGUCCGUCUGUGGUCGUGUGGCAAUGGUCGCGAGGGAUUGUCGGGGAAUUAGGUUAACUAAGGUUGUGCGCGGAUCUUUUCACCAGGGGGAUAGCAGGUUUAGUUACGGAGGGAUGCAGUGCAUGGCCAUUGCUGCAAGUAGUAUAGCUAAGCAUGUGGUGAAAAGCGUGUUUUCGUGGGAGACACAGGAGCUUGAUCGCAUUCUGUAUUCCGGCGAUGAAUUAUACAGUAGUUUGCGCAACCUGGGUAUUUUUAGCCAUCCGUCGCAUUUUUUGUCCGUGCCGGAUCUACCUAGUAAUGUAGUUAUUGACGAGCAGUUGUUUAGUUUUCUUUUUUGUCAACACCCAGCAUCUGGUGCUGUGGGUGUUGAGCAGGAAAACGGUCCCUUUGUGACUCUGCGUAAUGGAUUAGAGGGAAUUUUCAGGCAGUACAGCAUGUGUCUGCUGACACUGGUAACGUCUACAUCUGCCAUCAUCUGUGAGAAUGGACAGUUCGCUGUGGUCGACAGUCACUCACGUAGUAGCUGUGGCCUGGUAGAUCACAACGGUACCAGUGCAAUACUGCACUUCUCCUGUUUAGAUGACCUGCAUCACUACAUCUGUUGUUUGGCUGACGCUCUCAGUCCAGGGCCGCAGCCUUUUGAGCUGUGUGGCGUUAGGGUUAGUGUAGGUGCAAGUCCAGCGUUGUCUGGAGCUUCUGUAGAGAGUUGCAUCUUUGAGAUGAACACUGCUGCAGCACCUGAGCUUAGUGACAUCAAAGAUGUUUGUGCCACCACCUCCUUGUUUGAGAGUGAUGCAGGUCCAGCUGUGAGCCACGCACAAUCCGGUGUUUCUGUGGAGAGUGGCUUCAUAGAGAUGAGCACUGCUUCGGCACCAGGAUUUAGUGACCUUGCAAAAAAUUCUGCAGUGAGCCAUGCACAAUCCGGUGUUUCUGUGGAGAGUGGCUUCAUAGAGAUGAGCACUGCUUCGGCACCAGGAUUUAGUGACCUUGCAAACAAUUCUGCAGCCCCAUCUGUGUGUCAGAGUGGGGCUGGUGUUGAAGCGAGCCCAGCACUGUCUGGCGCUUCUGUUCUCACUUUUUUAAGUGAAGUUAGCAGUGGCUCAACAGCAGAAUUUGUUGCCAAUGAUGGCAAAAAGCGUAAGAUUUUUUCCCGUGAACGCAUGUCUAAACAAUCAAAGUGUUUUGAUAGCGUUUUAGUCAACUCUGAUGUAGUGUUUAUCACUGCAUCAGAGAUUGGGAAAUUGUUUUUCCGUCCCCUCGGUGAUGACGUUUGUAGGGCUUUGUGUAGUCAAUUAAAAGUUGAUUUUAUGAAAGUCGGUGGUCUGGUGCAUAGAGAGGUGGGCUACUUGGGUGUUCCUUGCCUUAGUGAGAAAAUAGUUCCGGAUGGGAACUGCUUUUUCAGAGCUGUCUCUCAGGCUGUCAGUGGUUCACAGAAGAACCAUCGUAAGAUUAGACUGGCUGCCUGUAGAGAGCUAGAAAAGAAUGAGGCUAGGUAUCGGGGUCUUUUGAGGAGCGAGAUGUCUCUUUUAGAGUACAUCAAGCAGUCCAGGAUGAAGUGUGUCAAGACUUGGGCCACAGAGGUUGAAAUCCAGGCCACUGCAGAUUAUUUAGGCAUUGACAUUUUUACAUUUCAUGAUGGUCGUUGGCUAAAGUAUCGUUGCAGCAGUAAGUGUUUGUCUGCGGACUGCAUUUACUUGGAGAAUGUCGGGGGCCAGCAUUUUGAGUACGUUGUUUGUGUUUUAAAGCCUGGACUGCAAAGUUGUCAUGGUUAUUGUAAAUUAGGCUGGGAUAUCGGCUGUAGCACUAGGUCUUCAGUGAAAGAUGGACUGGGGCAGGCAGUAGAUGGGAUAACUUCUCUAGAUUCAGGUAAAGAUUUUAUAGAGGUUGUCGAGGGCAGUACAAUGAGUAGGGAUUCUAGUGCGACAAAGUAUUUAAAGCGCAAGAAAAGACUGCAGGAUACAUUUAAUGUUAGCCGUCGAGAGAGACGUGCCCUGCUUUAUAGGAAAAUGUAUAGUGAGGACUUAAACUUCAGGGAGAGCUAUACAUCACGAAGUGUUGAGAAAUACAGAUCUAGCUUUGAGCACAGGUACAGCGCUAAAGCACGCAGUGUACGGAAAUAUAGUUUGAAUUUAGAACACAAGUACAGCGUUAAAGCACGCAGUCUAGGCAAGUACAGGGAGAAUUUAGAACACAGACACAGGGUUAAGGCACAUAGUGUCGGGAAAUAUAAAGAAAAUUUACCACACAAAUAUAGGGUUAAGGCACGCAGUGUUGGUAAAUAUAAAGAAAAUUUAGAACAUAAAGAUAGGAUUAAAGCACGCAGUGUUGGUAAAUAUAAAGAAAAUUUAGAACAUAAAGAUAGGAUUAAAGCACGCAGUGUUGGUAAAUAUAAAGACAAUUUAGAACAUAAAGAUAGGAUUAAAGCACGCAGUGUUGGUAAAUAUAAAGACAAUUUAGAACAUAAAGAUAGGAUUAAAGCACGCAGUGUUGGUAAAUAUAAAGACAAUUUAGAACAUAAAGAUAGGAUUAAAGCACGCAGUGUUGGUAAAUAUAAAGACAAUUUAGAACAUAAAGAUAGGAUUAAAGCACGCAGUGUUGGUAAAUAUAAAGACAAUUUAGAACACAAAGAUAGGAUUAAAGCACGCAGUGUUGGUAAAUAUAAAGAAAAUUUAGAACAUAGAGACGCGGUUAAACUAGCCAGCAAAAGGCAGUAUAGUGUUAGUUUAAAACAUAGGCAGCAAGUAAUAGCUAGUGUACAGCUGAGUCGGAAGCAGAGGCUGGAGAGGUCUGUAGAUUUUGGUUUUGUCAUGGAUAGUUUUUUGGAUAAGGUUAGACACGGACCGGAUUUCGUGUGUAGUGUUUGUCAUAGGCUGCAGUUUAAAUAUCAGGUGCUGCGCUGUGAGAGGGAAGUAUAUGCAGCACGUUUAGCAACGGCAGGCAUUGCAAAUAAUUGCAUUAGUGAGCAUUAUCUGCAUAGUUGUGAUGCUAAGUGUGUUGAGCCCUGUCCCAUUGUUGAGUCCAGAGGUCAGUUGUGGAUUUGUUUUACUUGUCAUAGUAAGAUCAGUAAAGGUCAAUUCCCAGCUGAAUGUUGGAACAAUAACUUAGCUGUACACCCCAUUCCUCCAGAACUGGGAUGUCUGAAUAGCUUAGAGCAGCACCUGAUAGCUUUACGCAUCCCUUUUAUGAAGGCGUUGGCGUUGCCUAAGGGUGGUCAGAAUGGUGUACACGGGCCAGUUACUUGUGUUCCGGCCAACAUUGUACAAACCACAAAUGUGUUGCCGCGGUCCAGUACGGAGGGGUCUCUGCUUCAAGUUAAGUUAAAACGGAAAUUAACCUACAAAGGACACUACGAGUAUCAAUUUGUUGACUCGUGGCGUGUCAGGCGUGCUAUAGAGUACUUAAAGAGAACAAAUGUCUUGUAUAAAGACAUUGAGUUCAACGAGGAAUGGUUAAAUGAUUUUUGUAGGGAGGAAGAGGUUGUUGUAGAGCCUGGUCAGGGUAAGCAGGUUGUUGUCGACACACAGUCCAGUGAGGAUGAGGCUGUAGAGCAGGAAAUUGGGGCAGAAGAGGAAUCCGAAGACAUAGCACAAGAUGAAAUGUUACAUGACAGACAACAGCACUGCAUGUUUCAGGACACUUGUCUUAUGCCUGUUGAUAUCGGUCAGGAAGCAUUAGAUCAGUAUUUUGCGGAUGUUGUAUGUCUGGCCCCCGCGGAAGGUAAUAGUCCGGUUAGAAUGCUUUCUGACAAAUUAAAUGAGGCGAAAUGUUUCCCUGUGCUGUUUCCGACGAGCACAAAUACAUUCCACACCCGCCGCACGCAUCGCUUAACAUUGUCGCGCUACUUUAAUAAUCGGGUAAUGCACGCCGACGGCCGUUUUGCGCGCAAUGUGGAAUACAUAUUCUUUAGCCAGUAUAUGUCCGAAUUAGACCAAGUGAUAAGUAGUAUUUCGGUCGCCAUGCGUAAAGGUAAGGGGGGUCAGCAUUCUCAGCGGAUUUCCCCGGGCAUGCUCAAAGACGACGAGUCUCUGAAGCGCUUGCUACAGUUCGAUGACGGUUUUCGUUUCCUUCGGCCCAUUCGCGGGACGCCAGCUUUUUGGUCUUCCGUUCAGAAAGACCUUUUGGCUUGUGUCCGCCAAUUGGGGAUUCCUACAUGGUUCUGCUCUUUUUCUUCUGCUGAUUUGCGCUGGCAAAAUCUCCUUGCCAGCAUCCUGAGACAGGAAGGCAGACAGCAGACAGUAGAACAGUUAGAGUGGGCCGAUAGGUGCGAGCUGUUGCGUCGCAACCCGGUCACAGCCGCGAGGAUGUUUGACUACAGGUGGCACUGUUUUUUGAAGGAAGUACUCAUGUCCCCGUCUCAACCAGUUGGCAAGAUUGUAGAUUUCUUUUAUCGCAUUGAGUUCCAGCAGCGUGGGUCCCCCCAUGUUCAUGCGCUGUUUUGGAUUGAGGGAGCUCCCCAAAUUUAUAAAAACACAGAUGUAGAAGUUGCAGAGUUUGUUGAUAAAUAUGUGACAUGUGAGCUACCCUCUGGCGAUGACACACUAUUGGAAGUUGUGUCAUCGGUUCAAACGCAUUCAAAACGGCAUUCAAAGUCAUGUCGUAAAAAUAAAACGGUAUGUCGUUUCAAUUUUCCAAAACCCAUCUCUGCACGCACGUUCAUCUGCAAAAUCAAAGAAUGUGUUUGUCCUAAAAAGGGAACGGGGACAGAGGGUGAUCGCACUUCAGAAAACAGGCCAAAGUGCACCUGUUUUGACGAUGAGGGAAGGAAGAUGCCAAAGGAGGUUGCGAAGAUGUUUAUGGAGAGAGUAAAGAAUGCCAUGGGGAGGGAGGAGCCUUUUGGUAGUGUAGAAGAGUUGUUUGCCAGUGUGGGCAUCAACCAGGAAGUCUUUGAGCUCGCUUAUAGGCGGCUGGAGACUAAGAAUAAGGUGGUGUAUAGGCGAGGGGUAAACGACACCUGGGUUAACCAGUAUAAUAGGAAUCUAUUGAAGUGUUGGAACGCUAACAUGGACAUUAGCUUUGUCACUGACGCCUACGCAGUCAUCAUAUACAUCAUAAAGUACAUCACAAAAUCUGAGACCGAAAUGGGUCUGUUAUUGAGCAAUGCCCUUAAGGAAGCAAAUAAACUAGGAAAUCUCUCUGCUAAAGACGCUCUAAAGAAACUGGGCAGUGUAUAUUUACACAACAGAGAUGUCUGCGCUCAGGAGGCAGUGUAUAGGCUAAUGAGCAUGCAUUUGAAAGAAUGUUCCAGGAAGGUCGUGUUUAUUCCAACAGGGAAUAACAUUGUGCGGAUGAGUUUACCCCUCAGUGUGUUGUUGCAAAGGGCUUCCUCAGAGGGCCUUAGGUCCGAAAACAUGUGGAUGACAAGCAUUGUCGAGAGGUAUAAGAACAGGCCCGAUAGUGUCGUGUUUGAGGAUAUGUGCAUAGCCACGUUUUGUUCGGAGUAUCGUAUUCUCAGCCAGAAUGAAAACUCGGACAAUAAAAUCGAACUUCAAGGGGGUUUAGGGUUCGUCUUGCGCAGAACACGAACGCAGUUUGCCGUCGUUCGCUACAUGCGGUUCAAAUUGGAGAAACAGGAGGAAGCCCACUUUCAGAGUUUGCUGCAGUUGUUCCUUCCUUAUAGAACUGAUUUAGAGCUCAAGCCGGAAGGCUUUGAGUUCUACAAACAGUUCCACGAGGAAGGUAAUGUGACGUUGGCUGGCGGGACCGAGCGGCCAGUGCGAGACGUCGUCGAUGAAAACAGGGCAAAGUUUGAAGUGGACUGUCCUCGAUUAGAGCGUGCGCAGGAGAUUGCGGACAUGUUGGGCGGUGUCGACGAGGAUGCGUGGGGGGACCUUUGUCCUGAACAGCAAGUCGAACACAUGGAAUGUUUAGAGGAGAGGCGGCUGCAGCAGCAGGGGGAAAUUGGGGACGAGCAGCUAGUUGAAUUGGAGGAAAAUGUCCCCGAUUUGUUUGUUGGUGGUAAACAAGUAGCUACAAUCGAGAGAAACACCAACAUUUUGCCUAGAAGGGAGGGUUUAGCUCUGGUCCAUUCUCUCAAUGAGACGCAGAGGAGCAUUUUUGAUAGGAUUAGGAAAUGGUGCCUAGAAAAGGUGAUGGGAAAAACCCCAGAACCUUUCCAUGUGUUCGUAACUGGUGGGGCAGGUACUGGAAAAAGCCAUUUGAUUAGAGCUAUCCAGUACGAGGCAGGGAGACUAUUGUCGCGUCUGUACCAACCGGAUGAAACCUGCGUACUCUUAACUGCUCCCACAGGCAUCGCUGCAUACAGUUUACAUGCAGCCACAAUUCACCACACCUUUAGUAUUGGCAUGCAGGUUAGUUUACCGUAUAUCCCUCUGGGUGAAGAUAAGAUAAACUCCUUGAGGGCUCAAUUUGGUCACCUACAAAUUCUAAUCAUUGACGAAAUCAGUAUGGUAGAUCAUCAUCUUUUAGCUUAUGUGCAUGGCCGGUUAAGGCAAAUUAAACAGACGGGGGACUUUUCUCCAUUUGGCAACGUUAGUGUUGUAGCUGUUGGUGACUUUUAUCAGUUGCCGCCCGUUAAAGGGAGGCCGCUGUACACCUGUCAGGUGGGUGUGGACCUCUGGUGUCAUUUUACAAAGGUAGAACUAAAAACAGUUGUGAGGCAAAAAGAUAGUGUCUUUUCUGAGCUGCUAAAUAGACUUAGAGUUCGGUCAAAGGAAACCCCCUUAUCGCAAAGCGACGUCGAUAUCCUCAAGUCUCGGGAGACGGGGGAACAGAGCGCUGCUUUGCAUAUUUAUCCCACGAAUAUGCAAGCCAGCGAGCAUAAUCUGAAGCGGUUGUUCGCAACCUGUCCAGAUUAUGUUACGAUUGAGGCCCAAGAUUUUAUUAACAGCAGGAAGACGGGUGAAUUAGAGCGCGUGGUCGGGCAUCACGGUAAAACGUCGUACACGUGUUUGGCCAAGAGUUUGUGUUUGGCUCCGGAAGCACGUGUCAUGCUUUGUAAAAAUGUUGCUGUGGCAGACGGUCUGGUCAAUGGCGCAUGUGGAACGGUGACUUAUAUUCAAUUUGGAGCAGAUGAAGACUUCCCCCUCGUAGUCUAUGUCAAAUUUGAUGAUCCUAAGAUAGGCUCACAAAGGAGAAAGGAACGUUCCCAUGCUGCUGUAGAAUGCCCGCAUUCUACUGCCAUUGACCCCGUGGAGGAUUCGGCGACAAAACGUGGCGGUUUGCGUCGUCAGUUUCCUCUUAAACUCGCGUGGGCCUGCACUGUUCACAAAGUGCAAGGUCUAACUGUCGACGAGGCUGUCGUGUGUUUACACAAGAUUUUUGCAGCUGGGCAGGCGUAUGUCGCCCUCAGUCGUGUUAGGGAUAUAUCCGGCCUUGUGAUUACAGAUUUUGAGGAAAAGGCCAUUUACUGCAAGCACACCGUCAAGGGGGCAUUGGAUAGCAUGCCCCCAUUCCUAAUUGAACAGCCACAGCCUUCAUUAGAAACUCCCAGUUUCUCUGUGUAUUUGCUUAACGUCCAAAAUUUACGUUGCCACGUCGCUCACUUGGUGUCUUGUACGCAGCAUUUACAGCCUACCUGUAUUGCUGUCACAGAGACGUGGCUCAGUGCACAAUCCUCAACAGACUGUGUCCAAAUAGAGGGAUACACUUUCCACAGUCGUCCUCGAGCCUUGUGUUACAGCAGCAAUGAUGUCAAAUUAUCUGAGAUUAGAGAUCUCGAACAUGGCGGAGUGGGAUUAUAUGUUGUAGAUAAUUCGGACUGUGAGAUUCUGCAGGUGCCCGAUUUAAAUCUGGAGUGCUUGGUGUGCCUGUUUACCAAAGAGAACCUUUUGAUGGCAGUAAUUUAUCGUCCGCCACGUUAUCCAAUUUCACUUUUUAAAUCCAAUCUGGUUAAGUUACUUGAUUGUGUAAAUCCCAUCAGUAACACAAUUGCUAUAAUGGGCGAUUUUAAUGAAGACCUCCUCAAACAUUCAUCAAUUUCUAAAUUAAUGGGCCAAAAUGGAUUUUGCCAGCAUGUAACACAAGAGACUACAGAGAGUGGGACAUUAAUUGACCAUGUUUAUGUCAAAACAACACAGUAUGCUGUGGAUUGUGCAGUGGUGUCCACUUAUUUCAGUGACCACGAAGCCAUCCUGUGUGGUUUUCGUGGUCAAGAUGAAGGUGAUACGUUUGAUUUGGAUGUGUUGUUUGCAGAUAGUUUUGCUGACGAAUAGGGUCCCUAAACAUCAUCACAACCGUCAACCCCCAAAAUGGAUUAACUUGCUGGAAUACAAAAGACCAUAUAACAUGCAUGUGAAAAAGUGCAAUAUAUUUAUCUGUACAGUACCGUAAUCUAUUUAUUUAUUAUACAUAUAUUUAUAUAUUUUUAUAUAUUUAUUUAUUUAUACAUGCACCUUAUUGCAUUUUUAUCCUGCACUGACAGGGAAAACUUCUAGUUUGUAGAUGAUAAUGUAUUACUAGAUUUGAUGUAGAAAUGUUUUAGUUCGGUGUUAGUAUAUCUUGUUGUCAUGUCUUGUGAGCAUGUUUUCUUUAGUUAUGUUGUGUUUCUUUAAAACGCCACUGGUUCCUGUUUUUUCACCCUCUUGUUUUGUUUCCCUGUCAACUCAUUAGUUGCACCUGUUUCACGUUUUGGACUCAAGCACCUGUCUCCAUGUCAUUAUUUACGCCUGGUUUUUCUGUUGGUCCUUCUGGUGUCGUCGUUGAUUUUUUUCAUGCUGUUUCAUGCAAUAACUCUGCUCUUCUCAUGCUGCAUGUCUUUUGUUGAUUCAUAGCCACAGUUAGCGACUUUUGUUUCAUGUCUAUAGUUGAGGCUAUGUGUUACUUUUUUUGUCUCCGCCUUGUGCGCGCCUUUUCUUUGCACCCUUACCUUCACGCCACGUACCGUCACUUCACUUUGCAUGCCGGAAUAACAUACCUCAACCCCAGUCCUCGCUAUGUCCCUGGUUUUUCUGUUGGUCCUUAUGGUGUCGUCGAAUUUUUUCCUGCUCUGUUCAUGCUGUUCCAUGCAAUACGUCUGCUCUUCUCAUGCUGCAUGCCUUACCAAGUAAGUUUUUUUUUUUUUUUCAUAGCCACAGUUAGCGAGUUUUGUUUCAUGUCUAUAGUUGAGGCUAAGUGUUAGGUUUUUUUUUACCUUGCCUUGUGCGCACCUUUUCUUUGCACCCUUACCUUCACGCCACGUCCCGUCACCUUCCUUUGCAUGCUGGAAUAACAUACCUCAACCCCAGUCUUUGCUAUGUCCCUGGUUUUUCUCUUGGUCCUUAUGGUGUCGUCGCUUUUUUCCUGCUCUGUUCUUGCUGGGUUUGCAUGCCGCUUUGCAUGGCUUUGCAUGCCUGGGGGACAAUGGAUCAGCGUUCACGUCGCGUCCCCUGUCAGUACCCACGUUCACCGGGGGAAACCAAUGAUCCUACCUGUACAUGUUUAUAUUCUCUCAGGGACUGUUGUUUGCUUGUCUUGUUUGU